UUUGUCAAUGCUUGCCGUGGUUGUUAUGGAUGCAAUGAAAAAGCCUUUGGAGACGCAGAUAAGACUUUGAGAUAUUACUUGAAAAUACUGCCUUUAGAUGGCCAUCUGUCUUGAAAGAAAGGAUUAGGAUUUUCUUCCUGUUUUGGAUAAACACAACACUCGGGAAGGACGCUGGGUGGCGCUGCAGCAUUAUAAGUAGAACGAAGAGAGCUACCAGCCCGCGCUCCUUGAGCCAAAUGCUCCGCUGAAGAAACAAGCAGGAAGGGGAGGCAUUUUAAGGUGGUUGCUCCGGGAAAUCAGGGCCCUAGGCGUCUCCAUUUCUCCCACCAUCUACGAGAUACUGGGAGAUAAGAGCGACAACUCGAGGCGAAGCUGGGUCAAGUUUGCUGGGAGACCGGAAGGCGAUGGAGGCCGGAGAGGGAAAAGAACGCUUUCUAAAACAAAGGCAAGUCUUGAUAUUCUUUGUUUUGCUGGGCAUAGCUCAGGUUGCUUCCAAGCCUAAGCAGUACUCAGUGGCUGAGGAAAUGGAGAGUGGCACCUUUGUGGCCAAUUUGUUAAAAGACCUGGGGCUGGAAGUAAAUGACCUAGCUGCGCGGGGGGCUCGGGUCGUUUCCAAAGGGAAAAAAACGCGUUUGCACUUUGAUAGGCAGACAGGGAAUUUGUUGUUAAAUGAGAAACUGGACCGGGAGGAGCUGUGCGGCCUUGCCGAGCCCUGUGUGCUACCUUUCCAGGUAUUAUUGGAAAAUCCCUUGCAGUUUUUUCAGGCCGAGCUAUGGAUUAGAGAUAUAAAUGAUCAUUCCCCGGUUUUCCUAGACAAAGAAAUACUUUUGAAAAUUUCAGAAAGUAUCACUCCCGGAACUACUUUCCUAAUAGAACGUGCCCAGGACUUAGAUGUGGGAAGCAACAGUCUCCAAAGUUACACGGUCAGUCCAAAUUCCCACUUCCAUCUUAAAUUACAAGACAGUUCCGACGGCAUAUUACCACAGCUGGUGCUGGACAAAGCGCUGGAUCGAGAGGAACAGGCUGAGAUCAGGUUAACUCUCACUGCGCUGGACGGCGGGACUCCACCCAGGUCUGGCACUGCCCUGGUCCGCAUUGAAGUUUUAGACAUCAAUGAUAACGCGCCCGAGUUUGCAAAGCUGCUCUAUGAGGUGCAAGUUCUGGAAAACAGUCCCAUUGGAUUCCAGGUUGCCGUAGUCUCUGCUAGAGAUUUGGACAUUGGAACCUAUGGAGAAAUAUCUUAUGUAUUUUCCCAAGCCUCUGAAGAUAUUCGCAAAACUUUUCAAAUAAAUGCAAAGUCAGGAGAACUCAUUUUAACACAGAAACUGGAUUUCGAAUCCAUUCAGAGUUAUACAUUAACUAUUCAGGCGACAGAUGGUGGAGGCCUAUCUGGAAGUUGCAUGGUGUUUGUCCAAGUGAUGGAUUUGAAUGACAACCCUCCGGAACUGACUAUGUCAACACUUAUCGAUCACAUCCCAGAAAACUUGCAGGAGACCAUAAUUGCUGUAUUCAGUGUUUCAGAUCCUGACUCGGGAGACAAUGGAAGAAUGGUUUGCUCCAUUGAAGAUGAUCUUCCUUUCUUCCUUAAACCUUCUGUUGAGAAUUUUUACACUCUACUGACAAACACACCUCUGGACCGAGAGACCAAAUCCGAGUACAACAUCACCAUCACCGUCACCGACUUAGGGACCCCCAGGCUGAAAACGCAGCACAACAUAACCGUGACGGUCUCCGACGUCAACGACAACGCCCCCGCCUUCAGCCAAACCACCUACACCCUGCGCGUCCGCGAGAACAACAGCCCCGCCCUGCACAUCGGCAGCGUGAGCGCCACGGACAGGGACUCGGGCGCCAACGCCCAGGUCACCUACUCGCUGCUGCCGCCCGCGGACCCGCAGCUGCCCCUGGCCUCCCUGGUGUCCAUCAACGCGGACAACGGGCAGCUGUUCGCGCUCAGGUCCCUGGAUUACGAGGCGCUGCGGGCGUUCGAGUUCGGCGUGCGCGCGGCCGACCGCGGCUCGCCCGCGCUCAGCAGCCAGGCGCGGGUGCGCGUGCUGGUGCUGGACGACAACGACAACGCGCCCUUCGUGCUGUACCCGCCGCAGAACGGCUCUGCGCCCUGCACCGAGCUGGUGCCCAGGGCGGCCGAGGCGGGCUACCUGGUGACCAAGGUGGUGGCGGUGGACGGCGACUCGGGCCAGAACGCCUGGCUGUCGUACCAGCUGCUCAAGGCCACGGAGCCCGGGCUGUUCGGCGUGUGGGCGCACAACGGCGAGGUGCGCACGGCGCGGCUGCUGAGCGAGCGCGACGCCGUCAAGCACAGGCUGGUGGUGCUGGUCAAGGACAAUGGCGAGCCGCCGCGCUCGGCCAGCGUCACGCUGCACGUGCUGCUGGUGGACGGCUUCUCGCAGCCCUACCUGCCGCUCCCGGAGGUGGCGGCGGCCGAGGCGCGGGCCGACCCGCUCACCGUCUAUUUGGUCGUCGCCUUGGCGUCCGUGUCGUCGCUCUUCCUGUUCUCGGUGCUGGUGUUCGUGGCGGUGCGGCUGUGCAGGCGGAGCCGGGCGGCGUCUGCGGGUCGCUGCUCGGGGCCUGAGGGCCACUUUCCGGGCCACCUGGUGGACGUCAGCGGCGCGGGGACGCUGUCCCAGAGCUACCAGUACGAGGUGUGUCUGACGGGAGGAUCUGGGACCAACGAAUUUAAGUUCCUCAAGCCGAUUCUCCCCAAUUUCCUUGGUCUCGGUGAGGAGAGGGUUCAUGAAGCAAACCCCAGUUUCAGGAAUAGCUUUAAAUUCAGUUAAGUAUUAAUUAAUAAGGGUCUACUGAGCCUAGUCUCCGUUAAUUUGUGUAAAGUCUUUUUGUACUGCCUUGCCCACUUGGAUUCUUUUUAUUUGGUGUUGGGUAGCUAUCCUAUUCCAUUCAGUGCAUGCUACUGGUGUUUCUAAAUGCCUUCGUUUGUGGUGUAAGGAAUGCAGAUUUCUUUUUGUUGAUUAGUCUCACUGUAACUUAAUUCAACUUAAAGUGUGAAAGUAAACUUUGUAUUUUCUGAAGUCUUUAAUUUUUAAGUUAGAGCAUCUUUUUCCAAAUUCACCUUCCACAGUUCCUAGGUUACUUUGCAGAACUUAAAAUUUAAAAUAUUUUUUAAAUGUUUGCAAUCACUACAUAAGCUUAUUCUUUUUCCAGAAUAUUUGUGUUUUGUAUAUUCUCUUAAACUAGUAUAACUUUAAUUCUCUUCACUCACAUUGGCUAAAACUUGUAAGAUAUAUAUGUUCAUGAACACUAAAGCAAUGUCUCACAUUUUUCUAAAUAUGUAUUUCCUUAAAGUAUCCUUAAAUGGAAGUUAUGAUUCCUUUGAGAUUGUGACAACCUUGACUGUUGGAUUCUACAAACCAUUCAUAUUAAAAUGCUCAAUAAAUCAACCACUAAUAUUCUCAAAUGUAGUUAAAUAAGUAGCAUAUGUCCAGUCGUUUUCAAAGCCAUGUAAUUCUUAAUGCUUUCUAUUAAAAUUUUUUUCUUUAAACUUUUCACAUCAAUUCCCCUUUUAAAAUAUUAGUUUUAGCAAUUACAAACAUCUAUUAACUUUGAGCAAGUCCUUAAAAUCCAAAAGAUAUGAGGAAAUAAACAUGUCUUUGUCCUUCACCAAAUUUUAGAAACUUCAAAUGUAGUUUGGCAUUGCAUGUUUCAAAAAUUUUGGAUUGUUUAUAAUUCCUUUGGGAAUAAGCCUGUGAGGAAAAGAUUUAUCUUGGUCUGGGCAUU